AUGUCCUUCAUGCUCAUGCAGACCCCAGAUCCUCGGACGAUCAAGGACGCUCUCCCCGACUUCACCAACGUCUCACAUAUCUUCCUCCCCAUCAACGACAACCACUCAGCCUCCAUUGCUGAAGGCGGCACUCAUUGGUCACUGCUGUUGGUCUCCAUUGUCGAUGGCGUCGCCUUCCAUUAUGACAGCAUGCCCCCCGGCAACCAGCAUGAGGCGCACUACGUUACCCAAAAGCUCUCUCGAUUGAUCAACAAACCUCUUCGGUUCAUCCAAUUGACCGACUCGCCCUUGCAGGAUAACUCGAGCGAUUGUGGGGUGUUUGUCUGUCUUAACAUGAGGCAUCUACUUCUCAAGAGACUUCUGAUGGUCAGAACAGAUGCGAAGGUUAGCAUGAGUCUGGGUGACAGAAGGGUUGAUGCUUCGGCCGGCAGGAAGGAGAUGCUAUCCAUCAUCGAGGAGUUCCGCAGAGAGGGCGAGAGAAGAAGAUCGUAA